AACUUAACUCUAGGAUCGUGGAUCUGCCCUCCCCGCUCUCCCGAAGCUAUUCGGGCACUGUCCGGAUUGCAUCGGAGGGGGCUAGAAUCUGGCGUCCGCCUCUUCAUCCCCAAUAUUGCCGGGUCUGACGCACGCGUGCCGACAGGGGAGGGGAAAGGGGAAAGCUUCUCCUGCACGCAGCUCGCGGGCCGGGCACCUGGGAGGAGAUGCCUGGCCAGGGUCCAGUGUCUGACUGGACGGAGUGCAGUGCUUCCGCAGAGCCUUCCGCAGUGGCCAGGACCGAGGGUGCCUGCGGCGGAUCAGCUGGAUAUUCUUACUACCAGAAUUCCAAAGGAACUGAUCAAAUCAAAGAUGGACACAAAGUGAACUCACCCAGAACCAAGCUGCAAGAGUUAUGGAAAACGCCUCACAUUCAAACAAUUCACAUUCCGAAAUCAAUGAUGGAGACAUCCUUUCGAAAGCAUUCAGACCUCACCUUAGGCCAGAAGCGUUACCUGUGCAGCAUUGCUAAGAUCUAUAAUGCAAACUACCUGAGGACGUUAAUGAAGAGGCAGUACCUGCAUGUGAUCCAGCGCAGCUCACAAAAGCCAGGUGUCCUCACUCAUCACAGAAGCCACCUCGGUUCUCGUUACUCACAGAAGCAGCAUUACCCCUGCACCACAUGGCGACACCAACUGGAGAGAGAAAACUCGGGGCCUUCUAACAUGGCAGCUGCAUCUGCACCUGAGAUGAUCAUACAGCAUUCCCUUUGGCGACCAGUGAGAAACAAAGAAGGUUUAAAAACUGGAUAUGCAUCAAAAACAAGAUGUAAGUCACUGAAGAUUUUUAGAAAACCAGGCAGACUGUUCAUCCAAUCAGUUUCUACAAAUGAUUCUGAAUCAUACAUGAAUGAAGAAAAAAAAGAAGACGAUUUACUAAACAGAUGUAUGCAAUCAAUGUCAAUUGAAGAACAGGGAGAACAUCUGAUGCUAACUUGACAGUUCUGUCUUGUGUACUGAUGAUGUGCCAAAGGUGGGGGAAGGGAUUGUGAAUUGCGUCCUCCCUCUACAUUUAGGAUAGUAUUGUUGUUCACCAUUGUCAUUAAGUAAUUUUGGUUUGUUCAGAAGCUUUUAUCACAAUGUAAUUUGUCUGAUGUAGUUCCACGUUCCAAUGGUAUUUGUGUAACAUAUGCUUAUGUAGUAAUAUAUGCUUGUAUUUCAAGCUAGAUAUAAUUAAAAUUCUUGUCACCUAAAA